AUGGAAGCGACUGAAGCGAAUCUAGAUAUCAAAGUAACACAGCUUAAAAUGAGCAUUGGUAAAACGAACACCAUCGUAGAAACAGGGAAGUCAGAAGCAAUCAAAAGACAUUUGUCCACCCUGCGGUCCCUCAGUAAAGAACUAAAUCGAAUGCAGAUAGAAGUAGAAGCGACAAGACUAGGUGCGAAAGAAGAAAUUGCCGACAUCAAGGCGUGGAAUAGUGGAAUCGACGCACAACUGGAAACAGCGGAUUGCGAAGUGGAUAAAAUGUGCACAUGGAUCGACGACCGCAAAAGAGAAGCAGAAGCAAUUGUCAAGCAAGAAGAACUUAAGUUUCACAAAGCAAAGAUAGAGAUGCAGGCAGAAAUCCAAGUUGAGCCACAUCCCCAACAAGCGACGAUGACAGCGAUCCACGGAGAUCUCGUCCGGAUCGACCCCGACUGGGAAAGCUGGGACUGCAAAACUUUCAGAAGCAGUUUGAUUGUGGACCAGGAGAAAUCCAAUGGAUAUAAACCAGCAUGA